AUGGCUCGCUCGGUGUUUCUCGUGGCUCUGGCCUCCCUGGCGCCAGCCCUGGCCCAGUACAAUACUACGUACAAGGAUUAUUCGACAGAUCCUAACCCAGAUCUGGAUGAGCAGACCAUUGCUGUGUUUGGAGGGCUGAGCUUUCCCGACUGUACCAGUGGUCCACUCAGUCAAAACUUGGUGUGUAAUUCAUCAGCAACACCCCAGGACCGAGCGGCAGCCUUGGUAUCUCUGUUCACGCUCGAGGAGCUGGUAAACAGCACCGGCAAUGACAUUCCGGCCAUUCCACGCCUCGGAUUGCCGGUAUACCAGGUCUGGAAUGAAGCGCUGCAUGGGUUAGAUCGCGCCAAUACCUCUGAUGCUGGGGCCUAUAGCUGGGCGACCUCCUUCCCAUCGCCUAUUCUUUCCAUGUCAGCUUUGAAUCGCACUCUGAUCAACCAAAUCGGUCAAAUCAUCUCCACCCAAGCCAGGGCGUUCAACAAUGCGGGGAAAUAUGGCCUGGAUCUGAAGAUUAUCGCUACCGCGAAGCAUUUUGCCGGCUACGAUAUCGAGAAUUGGGGCAACCAUUCGCGUCUUGGCAAUGACUUGAGCAUCACUCAACAAGACCUUGCGGAAUAUUUCACGCCUCAGUUUGUCGCAGCCGUUCGGGACGCCAAGGUACACAGCGUGAUGGCAUCCUACAAUGCUGUCAAUGGAGUUCCCAGCUCUGCCAAUCCCUUCUUGCUCCAGACUCUUCUUCGCGAUGCCUGGGAGUUUGGUGGGUUCGUCACUUCAGAUUGUGAUUCAGUGUACAAUGUGUUCAAUCCUCAUGGAUAUGCGAACAAUAUUUCAGCCGCCUCCGCAGUCUCGAUGCUUGCAGGGAACGAUAUGAACUGCGGAACUUCGUAUCAGUAUAAUCUCAACCAGUCCGUCCAGCAAGGUCUGAUUUCUCGAAGUGGAGUCGAACGCGGAGUCACGCGAUUUUAUGAGAACCUUGUACGCUUGGGGUACUUUGAGGGAAACACCAGCUUAUACCGAGACCUUGACUGGUCUUCUGUGACGAAAACCGACGCCUGGAAUAUUUCAUAUGAGGCUGCAGUAGAGGGCAUUGUUCUGUUGAAGAAUGAUGGGACUUUGCCGCUUUCCAAGAGCAUUGGCAGCGUUGCACUUAUCGGACCAUGGGCCAAUGCAACCACACAGCUUCAGGGCAAUUACUUUGGUCCCCCGCCGUACUUGAUCAGUCCCCUCGCAGCGCUGCAGGCGUCCCACUUGAGUGUAAAUUAUGCAUUCGGGACCAACAUUUCGUCGGAUGAUGCCAGUGGAUUCGCCGCUGCAGUUUCUGCUGCUCGGGACUCAGAUGCUAUUAUCUUUGCCGGUGGUAUAGACAACACCAUUGAGGCUGAGGGUCUUGACAGAGAGAGUAUCAGUUGGCCAGGAAACCAACUUGACCUCAUUCAGCAGCUGAGUAGUCUUGGCAAGCCUCUCAUUGUAUUGCAGAUGGGAGGUGGACAGGUCGAUUCUUCAUCCCUCCAAGCCAAUGCCAACGUGAACUCUAUCAUUUGGGGUGGGUACCCUGGUCAGUCUGGUGGGCAGGCUCUGUUAGAUAUUAUCACCGGAGCGCGUGCGCCUGCUGGUCGAUUGACAACGACUCAGUACCCGGCCGAAUAUGCGCAGCAGUUCCCCGCCAUCGACAUGAGCCUUCGACCAAACGGUACUAAUCCUGGUCAAACCUACAUGUGGUACACGGGGACUCCAGUGUACGAAUUCGGCCACGGCUUGUUCUAUACAACGUUCAAUGCCUCUCUUCCAGAGUCUCACGCCGCAAGCUGCUCCUAUGAUAUUGCGAAGUUGCUUCCAGAUGCCGAAGACAGGACGGCACAGCAAGCCCCCUUCUUGAACUUCACAGCGGAGAUUACCAAUACUGGAAAUGUACUCUCGGACUACACUGCCAUGCUCUUUGCCAACACAACAGCUGGACCGCGACCUCUGCCCAACAAAUGGUUGGUGGGCUUUGACCGUCUCGGCUCGUUGCAGCCACACGAUAGCCAGACCCUCGUGAUUCCAGUCUCAUUAGAUAAUGUCGCCCGGACGGAUUCUUCAGGAAACAAAAUUGUGUAUCCCGGCAAAUAUGAGCUGGCGCUGAACACUGACCGAUCGGUUGUGGUCUCGUUCACAUUGACAGGCUGCGAAACGGUUCUGACGAAGUGGCCGCAGGAACAGUGA